UCCUUGGCAGAUAGGCGGAGGGACUUGAAGGUGAUUCUGCGUCCUCAACGCAGAGCGAUCCAGUGUAAGAAAGCCCCUGUUCGUUGUUCUGCGGAGCCUUAGGUGGUGGUCCCCAUGAGAAUCUGAGAGGCUGAGGUUGUGGAAAGGUGGAGCUCGCCUGCUUCUGUUGGCUUCGGUUCUCCUCGAUUCUGGCAUGCGUGUGGCGUUGCCCGUCCAGUUCUUGCCCAGCGGGACGUAGAGGAACACACAGCCGAGGCAAUUCUUUUCGGCAUUUGGGAAUCCAAAUCGAGCAGGUGCAGGUGUUGGUUUAGAGCCUUUGGUUUGCUGCUGACAAAAGAGGAGCAGCAGCAGCUAUGGUGGUGGCUCUGCCAACUGGUUUGGCAAUGCAAGUGCCACCAGCAUUUCAAAGUCUCAAUGUCGGGAAUGCGAAAGUUGGAGGUGUGUCUGCUGCUUCAUCCGUCAUUCCACGCGUGCACACCACGGCUAAAUUUUGCGGGGUGACCGAGUUCAUCUACAAAGAGAAUUCCGGUAUGUCGAGGAAGAAUGUCGUGCUGAGGCGCACUUUCGGUCAGUGGACGACAAGCAAGCUGCAAGGAGACGAUGAAUCGAUUCAGAGAGAUGUGCUCGUCGCAAAGUCGGUCUCAGUGCGUGCAGCAGAUGCAGAAACACCUGAAACCGUCGAACCGAAUGCAAGAACUACGAAGCAGUGUCGACCUUGCGUCAUCUUGCCGGGUCUAGGGAAUAACACCAGUGAUUAUAAUGCUCUGGUCUCUGAUCUUGAGGCUCGGAAUGUGUCUGCUACUGUUGUUCAAGUUGCUCGGGCUGAUUGGCUGCGAAAUGCUUCUGGAUUACUGGACGGGAAUUACUGGAAGGGCACGUUGUCCCCAAGGCCGGUGCUGAACUGGUAUUUAGAGAGAAUGAAAGCUGCCAUUGAUAUUGCGAAAGCCGGUGCCGGUGGAGAUGGCAAAGUGUCACUGAUCGGACACUCUGCCGGAGGAUGGUUGGCACGAGUAUACAUGGCAGAAUUCGGGACACAAGAUAUUGCCCUCCUCCUCACUUUGGGAACCCCUCAUCUGCCUCCUCCAAGAGGAAUUCCUGGAGUUUUUGAUCAGACAAGGGGAUUACUGUACUAUGUUGAGAACAACUGUCCUGGAGCAUAUCAUGCACCGGACGUUAAAUACGUGUGUAUUGCGGGCAGGUACGUGAAAGGCAGUCCUUUCGGAACGGAACAAACUCCGGUAGCAACCACAGGUGUGGGUACGCUAGAUUUGGAAGAGGUUGACGCAGAUACAUCCGAGGCUCCAGAAAGCCCAGAGCAAGUUGCCAAGACUGCAGAAGCUUUUCCAUCAUUUCGUGAGCGUUUUGUAGGGGCAGGCUACAAGCAGGUCUGCGGGAAGGCCAAUGUCUGGGGAGACGGGGUUGUACCAGAAGAGUCUGCAUACCUGGAAGGAGCUCUUAAUAUAUCCUUCGAUGGUGUUUAUCAUUCUCCUGUCGGCGCAAGCUCAGAAAGACCUUGGUAUGGAACAGUUGAAGUCCUGGACAAGUGGGUUCACCAUUUGCUUGAGUAGACCGAUAUGUUUGUGAUGUGCCUCACCGUUAAGGGAAUGUUGUCUCCAUUCUGGGACCCCAAGUUCGAUGUCGUUUCCAGAAAUCCUGAAUGAGGUUUGGAAGUCCUUGUGCACAUCAAGCUUCAUGUCUGUUCUGCUUCAAUUCUACAAACAGCCAAGGUUCAGAUGACAUCGCCAAAUAUUGUUGGAGACUACAUGAGCAUUCGAUUUUCAAUGCUAGGUACUCAAGAUAUUGUGUUUGAGAGUUAGAUAUAUAUCCAACGUUAUAAUGACAAGAAAUAUCAUUCUCGAAAGAUGGCCUUAAGCUGGCGUCGAUGAACACGAAAGUUUAGCGCUACCCAAGUAGCCGUGCUCUGCAAUGAUCGCAAGACGAAUGUUCAUGUGCUUCAAUCACCAGAUUCGAAAGAUGUGAUGUCAUAUUUCAAAAUUCGUGUGAGGUUCGGUGGGAUGUAUUCUGUAAAUCUGUACCUCUGUAACCCUGUCUAUCAGCUGUAUGCAUUAGGAAGCCGUGAUCACAACCUUAAUUGCGUGGAAGUGUUCUCUCUUUUUUAUCUACCAUCGAUUUGCUCACAGCAUAUUUCUUGUCUAAGAGAAUUACAUCAUCUAGUCCAAGUCUGCGGAAAUCGCUUGUAACUUCAGUUUCUAUCUACAUUGACAUAAAAUAUUAUGAGUUCGUGCUUGCCUGCACACGAGCAAUAAUCCUUCCGCCCUUCUAAGACGCUUGUCGAUGCAAAA